AAAAAUGACACAUCAAACGUACUGCUACAAUCCCAUUCCUAUACAUCAACUAAUUUUUUUUUUACAAAAAAAGGUGUUAAGACGAAAGAGUUGCUUUGAAUUCCGUCGAAAGUCCAUUUUGUCUUUUGUUUCGUAUUAUUCGGGGAGAGAGAGAGAGAGAGAGAGAGAGAAAUGGAAAGCAAAGUGAACACCUUAUCUUUGGGUGCCUGCAAAAGACAUUUAACCCAACAGGGAAACAAAAAAAAGGAAGAGCGGCACUAAAAUACUACACCCUACAGAAAAUCUUCCGAGUAAGAAAAUAAAGCAGAAAGAAAUUCUGCUCCUCUUUCUUUCCUCUCCAACACUGCGAACAGAGAGAGAGAUACGAACAACGUUUUUUCGCUUCACAUGGAUUUAGAUUUUCAAUUAUGUUUUCCAUUUUCUGUUGGGGUUUUUCGUCAUCGAUUUCAUUAUCAGGCGCAGCAUAAACAUCAACAAAGAUAACACUCCCUUUUAUGUUCUUCUUUUAGGAUUAAUUUCCAGAGAAAAAGAAGACUCUGAUAAUAGUAAUAGCUUAAAUAGUUUAAUUAGAGCUUACAGUGUUAAGAAAGAUAGUGGAGGAUGAAUCACUGCGUUCCUGAUUUCGAAAUGGAAGAAGAUUAUUCAAUCCUUUCAUCUUCUAGUUUAACUCGCCCUAAAAAACCCUCCAUGCCAGAGGAUGAAAUCAUGGAGCUGUUGUGGCAAAACGGUCAAGUUGUUAUGCAGAGUCAAAACCAUAGAUCUUUCAAGAAAUAUACGCCGUUUAAAUUCCAUGACGCUGACCAAUCAGCUCCCAGAGAGAUCCGAUCAUCGUCAUCUCUCCAGCAUCAACAACAACAGCAGCAGCAGCAAUCGAUUACCGAUCAUCUCUUCAUGCAAGAAGAUGAAAUGGCUUCAUGGCUUCACUAUCCUCUCAGCGACGCUAACUUCGACCACGAUUUCUGCGCUGAUCUCCUCUAUCCUUCCUCCUCCGCCGCUGCCCCUGCUGUGGCCCCUUCUGUUACCUCCACCGCCACAACCUCCGCUCCUCCUCCACUCGGAAGAGUUUCUCAAGUUUCGGGUUCAGCUUCGGCUAUGGCGUCAGCUUCUAGGCCCCCGAUACCGCCGGAGAGGAGGAAUGAAUUGGAGUCGACAAGGAUUCAGAACUUCGUUCACUUCUCCAGGCAUAAAACGGCAAGGGCGGAGCAAUCUGGACCGUCGAAUUCGAAGAGUUUAGUGAGGGAAUCGACGGUCGUUGAUUCCAGCGAUACUCCGGCGGUGGCUCCCGAAUCGGCAGCCUCUCAGGUUAUGCCAAGCAACACCGAGGAGGCAUCUGGCGGGAACAACAACAAUGCCUGCGCUAACAUGAGCGCCGCUGCAGUUGUCAACACGCAAUCAGCUGCUGUCAGCGUGGGUGCUAGCAAAGACAAUUUAGCCACGUGUGAGGUCACGGUGACAUCAUCACCAGGCGGCUCCAGUGCCAGCGCCGAACCAACGGCUCAAAAAGCGGCGCCGGCUGAGGACCGGAAGCGUAAAGGAAGAGAACCGGACGACGCCGAAUGUCACAGCGAGGAUGCUGAGUUCGAAUCCACUGAUACAAAGAAACAAACGCGUGGAUCCAUAUCUACAAAAAGGUCUCGUGCUGCAGAGGUCCAUAAUCUCUCAGAAAGGAGACGCAGGGAUAGGAUAAAUGAAAAGAUGAGGGCUUUGCAAGAACUUAUACCUCGUUGCAACAAGUCUCAGUCAGACAAAGCUUCAAUGCUGGAUGAAGCAAUUGAGUACCUGAAGUCACUUCAGUUGCAGGUUCAGAUGAUGUCCAUGGGUUGUGGCAUGGUCCCAAUGAUGUUUCCUGGUGUUCAGCAGUACAUGCCAACAAUCGGAAUGGGAAUUGGGAUGGGCAUGGGCAUGGAUAUGGGAAUAAGUCGGCCGAUGAUGCCAUUUCCCAAUGUUUUGGCUGGCUUAGCAUUACCAACCCCAGCUGCUGCAGCUCAUUUGGGUCCAAGGUUUCCUAUACCAGCCUUUCAUAUGCCACCACCAGUUCCAGCACCAAACAAUCAGCCAGAUGCCACGAUAAACCAGCUUGGCAUGCAAAACACAAACCAACCACGGGUCUUAAAUUUUGCUGAUCCUUAUCAACAGUAUAUUGGUCUUCACCAGAUACAAUUACCCCCUCCACUGAGUCGAGCAAUGGCCCAGACAAGUUCCAAUAAACCAAGUAACAGUAGGGAAGCUGAGAAUCUUGAAAAUCAACCACCAGAAUCUGAAAGAGGCUUAGACAGAAGAAUCAGCGACAAAAAAACAAAGCCAUCUUUGGGUACGUGGGGGACGGUGGUGAGAUGACUCUGGUUUGCUGACAACCUCACCCCCUUUCUCCCAAGUUGUUUCUGAUUAUCGUAUUCGCUAUUGCCUUUAUUAAGAGUACAAAACCAACAUGCAGAAUUGAAGAAAAUGUUAUCCAGGUCACCACUGAAAAAGGUAAAAAGAAAAUUGUUUUCAACGAUAGACUUAUUCAUGGAAUUAUGGUCCAGUACGUAUAUAUUUUUGAGUUUCAGCAGGGAUGUAAGAUUCAAGAGAACAUAUUUUAAGCACGACAAAGGAAUAUCAAGCCAGAGCUUUUGAAAUUUUCCUUUGGGUUUCAACUUGUAGACGGGUCUCGGCUGCACUCAAUCGAUCUUCUGAACCUUAAAAGGGUGCAAAGAAGGGAAGAGUCGCCGCACCCUUUACCCUUUUUUUUUUCAGCUCAAAUUGAACUUUGCUGCAAUUCUCUGAACCUUGGAAAGGUGCAUAGGAAAAAUGGUUGCUGUUUUCUUUGAAUCUUUUCAGUGCAUAUUGAGCUUUGCGCCAAUGUUCUCCAAUCAAUAAGCAUGCCCACCAACCAUCCUCCAACCAUGGAAAUGCCUUCAUGUAUGCUGAAAAUAAUGUAGGAGUCCCCGUAUAUAUUCUGUAGGCUAACCAUAGGAAAAAAACGCAGUUAAAGGUUACUGAAACUGAAGGCCAGGAUUAUAGGCGCAAUCCGAGCAUGUCAGACAGCGGAUAAUGAGGCAAGAAGAAAACUCAAAGAAUUUGGCACUUUGACCAACAUUGCGCAAAAGUAAGAGAACGACCUCUCAUACAGAGAACAUGUCAGAUAGGCCCACGUUUUGUUCUUAUUAUGACAAUGAUAGGCCAUCCUCGAAGAACAUAGCACAUGUACGUGUGCUUGAAUGAGAUAAAACAUAGCAUCAAAAGGUCUAUCAGCUCCUCUAACUUUUCUUUCUUUUAUAUAUAUA